GUUUUUUUUUUCUUGGAGGCAGGUAGCAGGCAAGAUAAACCAAUGGAAAGACAAAAAGAUAAAUGAAUAAUUCAAAACCACACCUAAGUGAAAACCCGCGCAAAUCAUCCCGUUUUCUGCCUUGCUGGAAAAGUCAACAAGUGUGCCGUGAGCUCCGAUCCGGGAAAUUUCACAAUAUCCCCCUAGAGCUUAUAAAACGAACAGAGGAACCCACACAAAGCCUCCUCUCCAUUUUCUGGCCAUUCAAUUUUCCCCAGGAUUGGUCUCUUGUCGCCGUUAAGGAUCUUGUUCUUUUUGCAAAACUUCAAUUCUAGCCAAGCCUUGUUUUUCCACCUGGCUGUCUGCUGCUGGGUUAAUUUGCAAUCAUGGCUACCAUUAUUCUGGGAUCCCAAUGGGGGGAUGAAGGCAAGGGAAAGCUGACUGACAUCCUCUGCCCCUCGGCCGAAAUCUGCGCCCGCUCUGCUGGCGGUCAUAAUGCCGGACACUCGAUCGUCGCCCAGGGCGUCUCGUACGACUUCCACCUCCUGCCCUCGGGCCUCGUCAACCCGAAAUGCAUGAACCUGAUCGGCUCGGGCGUCGUCUUCCACGUGCCUUCCUUCUUCUCCGAGCUGGAGAAGCUCGAGGCCAAGGGUCUGGCGGGUGUGCGUGACCGCAUCUUUGUCAGCGACCGUUGCCAGGUCAACUUUGAUCUGCACGCCGCCGUCGACGGUCUCGAGGAGGUCGAGCUGGGCGAGCGCAAGAUUGGAACUACAGGAAGGGGUAUCGGACCGAGCUACAGCACCAAGGCUUCUCGCAGUGGUGUGCGCAUCUCGGAAGUCUUUGACGAGGCCGUGUUUGAGAGGAAACUGCGCCAGCUGGCCGACGGGUACAGGAAACGGUUCGGCGAUCUGCUCAAGUACGAUGUUGAGGAGGAGAUUGCACGGUUCAAGGAAUACCGGAAAUUGCUGCCCAACUAUGUCGUGGACGCCGUCAAGUUCAUCAAGGACGCCCAGGACCAGAACCGCAAGAUCUUGAUCGAGGGCGCAAAUGCGCUGAUGCUUGACAUCGACUACGGCACUUACCCUUACGUCACCAGCAGCAACCCCUGUCUCGGAGGCAUCAUCACUGGACUGGCUAUAAACCCAAGAAAGAUUGAGACCAUUGUCGGUGUUGUGAAGGCCUACACGACAAGAGUAGGCGACGGCAUCUUCAAAACGGAGGAUGAAGGCGAGAUCGGCACCAAGCUGCAAGACAUCGGCCGAGAAUGGGGUGUCAGCACCGGCCGCAAGCGGCGAUGCGGCUGGCUCGAUCUUGUCGUGGUCAAGUACUCUGCUGCCAUCAACCACUACACCUCCCUGAACCUGACCAAGCUCGACGUUCUCGACACAUUCCCAACCCUGAAGGUGGCCGUCGCCUACAAGGACCCUGCUACGGGUGAGGAGCUGGACUUCUUCCCCGCGGACCUGUCGCUGCUCGAGCGCUGCGAGGUCGUCUACAAGGAGUUCGAGGGCUGGAACACGCCCACAACGCACAUCAAGAAGUUCGAGGAGCUGCCAGCACAAGCAAGGCAGUACGUAGAGUUUAUCGAGCAGUAUGUUGGCGUGAAGGUGGGGUGGAUCGGCACGGGUCCGGACCGCGAGGACAUGAUAUAUCGAUGAAGCACGGCGAGUGGACAGCGGUAUAGAUGUGCAAAGAACAAACACGAUGAAGACCGUUGAGGAUGGUUGAUGGAAAAUAAUAGAUCCUAACCCUAUUA